AUGUUGCUAAAACUUCUGGCCUGUGCUCUAGCACUCGUGCUCGUCAGCGAUUUGACGAGUGCCCAAUGGAGGGGGCGCCAAGUACAGCUCCAAGAAUAUCAUGAUGUCUGCAUGGCUUCGAACAGUCCGUUCAGGGUCGCCAAUGGACAGGAGGCAGGACAGCCCGCCGCCACCAACAUGAAGAUGCUGAAGUGGGAUGACAAGCUGGCUCGGACUGCCCAAAAUUUAGCUAACGCUUGCAUCUUCCAACACGACAGCUGCCGACACUAUCCGGAUCUCCUCGUUGGCCAGAAUAUGGGUUGGAAAUGGAUCAACGGAAAGAUCAAUAAAGAUAAACUGUUAACACUGUUAGGCGGAAAAAUCGAAGAAUCUAUAAACGAUUGGUACAACGAAGUCCGGAAUUUCAAUCCUGCUAACGUCAUAAGUUACCAAAAGAAUCCGGCAGUUGGUCAUUACACGCAGCUCGUUUGGGCCGAGACCAAUCGCAUUGGUUGCGGUGCCGUGAAGUACUCCCAAGGUGUUAAGCACAACUUAAUGCUGGUCUGUAACUACGCACCAUCUGGUAAUAUUGGAGGUAUGCCCGUUUACAAAACAAGUAAUUGA